AUGGCAACGACCCAUCCGCAUAUCGCGGCACGAGGGUACGGGUCGAAUGCCACAUACAUAUAUGAGUACUCAAGGGGAUUGAGUGGUGUGGACGUCCCUCGUGAUGUGAUCAUUACUCGGAUCAUCUACAUUUCUCUCAGCGCUGUGGCAUUCGCAUUGUUCUGUGGCCGGGUCGCCCAGAUUAGCCAUGCCUAUCUGCGCCGAAUCAUCGCAUCUGGUGCAAACCAGCGCCAGCAGACCUUCUGGGCCCAGGAGCAAUCAUCGUGGUGGUCCAACCUCAAGAAACACAUCUUAUAUGCCCCACUAGGAAAGAAACGACACAACCGAGAACUACAGCUCUCUUCGGCUGUCAAUGUUGGUACCUUACCCUCCCGACUACAGACCAUCCUGGUCACACUAUACUUCGCCAGCCAGGUCACAUACUGCGUCUUCCUGGACUAUAGUGUCAACAACAAGGCAGCCUUGGUAGCCGAGCUGCGCGGCCGAUCCGGGACGCUGGCCGUACUCAACAUGGUCCCGCUCUUCCUCCUCGCUGGCCGAAACAACCCCUUGAUCCCUCUCCUCCACAUCAGCUUCGACACAUACAACCUCCUCCACCGCUGGCUGGGCCGCAUCGUCGUCCUCGAGGCAGUCGUCCACACAGCCGCAUGGGCCGUCAAUGCCGUCGACGAGGAAGACUUUACCCAUAUGCUCGCCCGCCUACGUAGCACUCCCUUCUUCACCUGGGGCCUGGUAGGCACAGCCGCAAUGAUGUUCCUUUGCCUACACUCCCCCUCACCCAUCCGCCACGCUUUCUACGAGACCUUCUUACAUCUACACCAGCUGGCCGCCGUGCUAGCCUUCCUCGGCGUAUACAUGCACCUACAAAUAGACAGUCUCCCACAGCAAAACUGGGCAAGAACGAUCGCUGCACUCUGGCUAGGCGACCGACUCGCACGCCUCUUCCGCCUCGUCCACCUCAAUAUCUCAACCUCCGGCACAACAAGAAUGGUCGUCCAAGCGCUCCCAGGCGAAGCCUGCCGCGUAACCUUCCACCUCCCCAAACUCGUUCAAAUCGAACCAGGCUGCCACGUAUUCGCCUACAUCCCCAGCAUCUCAUGGUGGAUGUCUCACCCAUUCUCAAUAGCCUGGGCAGAGCCCAGCACAAGCAAGACAGCAACACUCCUCCCUUCCCCAACCCAACCCCGAAAGGGCACAUACACCGACAUAGAAAAACAAUCCAACCUCCCCACCAAACCCACCAAACCAACAACCCAAGUCUCCCUCAUAAUCGGCGCCCAAAAGGGAAUGACCCGCCGUCUCUACAACCUCGCCAACGCAUCCCCCUCAAAAUCCCUCACACUAUCAGGCUUCAUCGAAGGCCCCUACGGCUCAAACCCAAUAAACCUCUCAAGUUACGGCACAACAAUCCUGUUCAGCGCCGGCGCAGGAAUAACCCACCACCUCCUCCACACCCACGCACUCGUCACCCAAGCCGCACAGAACUCCGCCGCAACACGAAAAGUCUACUUGAUCUGGUCUGUCCGCUCUACAGAUCACCUCGCCUGGGUAAGUAGCUACAUGGACCAGAUCCUACGACUACCCAGUCGACGAGAUAUUCUCGUUGUGAAGCUCUUCGUUUCGAAGCCGCGUCGGGCAGCGGAUAUCGUUAGUCCUUCUGCGACAGUGCUUAUGCAUUCCGGUCGGUGUAGGCCUGAUGUUGUUCUUGAUGAGAUUUUGCCGACCAGGACGGGGGCGACACUUGUUAGUGUUUGUGGGCCUGGGGCUUUUGCAGAUGAGGUUAGGUCUGCGACUAGGGAGAGGAUUGGGAAGGGGGCUGUUGUUGAUUUUGUUGAGGAGGCAUUUACAUGGUGA